AUGGCUGCUGCCAUCCUUGACAAUCUCCGUGGCCGAGAUGACAAAAAUGUAGUUCAGACUGUUGAGACUGAAGCUGCUCCUGAAAAGGAAUGGGGCGUCAUCAUUCAGGGGGCUAGGGAGGCCACCGACCUAGAGCACUCUCAAGGCAUUCUGGAGGCUGUUCGUGUGCAAUGGAAAGGUGUUGCCUGGGCUUCUUUCCUCUCUCUAUCCAUAGCGAUGUACGGAUAUGACAAUGCCCUCAUCAACAACUUCUACGGUUAUCCAGCCUUUCAGAAAGCAUACGGCAUACCUGUUAAAGACGGCUUCCAGGUCCCCGCGAAAUGGCAAACAGGCCUCUCGCAAGGGAGUAUCUGCGGUAUCAUCCUCGGUGCUACGUUUAACGGCGUUCUCUCAUCAAGAUUCGGCUAUAAGAGAGUUAUGCUGGUUGGCCUUGUUCUCAUGACGGGCUUCGUUGCCAUUCCAUUUAGCGCUCACAACUUGGAAACACUUCUUGUUGGUGAGAUUUUCUGUGGCAUGGUCUGGGGUACAUUUGCGUCCAUUGGACCGGCAUAUAGCUCAGAAUGUCUUCCAAUUUCGUUGCGUGGGUUCCUUACCAGCGGUGUCAACAUUAUGCAAAUCAUCGGCCAGCUUAUCGCAAUUGGCGUCCUCGACGGCCUUGUCGGCUUAGACUCGCAGUGGUCCUACAAAAUUCCAUUUGCUAUACAAUGGAUUUGGCCCCUUCCGCUCUUCAUAGGGUGCUUGUUUGCUCCAGAGUCUCCAUGGUAUCUUGUUCGCAAAGGCCGCAUCCAAGAGGCAGAACAUAGCAUUCGUCGUCUUAGUUCCAAGAGCGACACGAAGAUCAAGGAACACUUAGCCAUGAUUAUACAUACUGUGAACUACGAAGAGGAAAUACGAACAGGCUCGUCCUAUAUUGACCUCUUUCGCGGCAGCAACCUUCGGCGAACUGAAAUUUGCUGUAUGGCAUUCGCAGGUCAGGUAUUCAACGGCAUCUUUAUGAUGAAUCCUGGCACAUACUUUUGGGAGCAAGCUGGUUUAUCUGCCAAAAAUAGCUACAAGGUUUCUGUGGCUGCUACCGCUAUCGGACUGCUUGCAACUGGUAUUGGGUGUGUUCUCAUUGCCCAUUUAGGUCGUCGCAGUCUAUAUCUCUGGGGAAUGGUUUUCAUGACUGUAGUCAACAUCCUAAUUGGCAUCUUGGCAACAGUCCAUGCUAAUGAAUCAACGAAAUGGGGACAAGUCGCCCUAACUAUCCUAUGGGUAUUCUGUUACGAUAUUUCGGUUGGCCCAGCAGCUUAUGCAACAUCUAGUGAGGUCUCUGCUGUUAGUUUGCGAGUUCAGAGUGUCGCUGCCGCAAAAAUUGCUCACCAACUUUUCGAUAUCAUUGCCGCUGUCCUCGAACCGUAUAUGAUUAAUCCCACAGCUUGGGGAUGGGCCGGAAAGACAGCCUACUUCUGGGGCGGGACCUCGGUGCUUGUGACUAUUUGGGCGUUCUUUAGAUAUCCGGAGACAUUUAAGCGGUCGUACGAAGAGUUGGAUAUUUUGUUUGAAAGGGGAAUUCCUGCUCGCAAGUUCCGCAAUUACGAGGUUGACGCAUAUGAUAUUGAUGGCCAGCAAGUUCACGAGAAGACUGGUUGA